AUGUACCAAGAAGCUCGAUUUCGCCCCGUCAGCGUCAGUGCGCAAGGCAGCGCGCGCGGCGGCGCGAGAGGCGAUGAUAAGGCGAGGCCACAGCCGAGGCAGUGCUCUCCCAGCAGCGCUCUUCCGCGCACGCGCCGCCCUCGACUCCAGCCAGCCAGCCACACAGUAAAGAUCGGACCCAGCACGAGAAAACGUGCAGGCCACGGGCAGACAUUGUCCCUGUGGGCGAUUAGAGAGACAUCAAAAGCGCGCACUCCGCCUCGAGUGUCCUUCAACACUCAGGCCGGGGGGGACCCCCCUGCCGAUUCGGACGUGCCCAUCACGUGGGUCGCGCAGCAAAACACGCCCGUGGACUGGGCGUACAGGACGGAGCCCGACGAGAAAAGCUGCGGAGCCAUCAAAGAUGGACAGUGUCGCUGGCCUCGAGGCAAGAUGCUGGGAGGCACGAGCAGCAUCAACGCCAACGUGUACAUCCGAGGGCACAAGUGCGACUACGACCACUGGGCGCAGAUGGGCAACCCGGGCUGGGCGUACGAAGAGGUGCUGCCCUACUUCAAGAAGUCCGAGAACCUCGUGGACGACGAGCUGUUCGAGGUGGACGCGCGGGCCAGCCACUACCACUCGCAAGGCGGCCCGCUCAGCGUGCAGCACUUCCACCACGACGCCCCCGUGGGGCCCGCCGUGCUGGACGCCGGCGUCGAGCUCGGCCUGCCGCGCCUGCGGGACCUCAACGGCGCGCGGGCCGCCGGCGUCGGCCGCCUGCACGCCACGCUGGCGCAGGGCGAGCGGUGCAACAGCGCCAAGGCCUUCCUCGGAGGCGCCGCGGGCAGGCCCAACCUGCACCUGGCGCGGGGCGCCUUGGUGACGAGGGUGCUGGUCGACCCGGCCACCCGGCAGGCGCGCGGGGUGCGCUUUCGGCGCGGCGGGGAGGCGGAGCAGGACGUGCUCGUGCGCAAGGAAGUCGUCGUGUCGGGCGGGGCCGUCAACACCCCGCAACUCCUCAUGCUGUCCGGCAUCGGCCCGCGCGCGCACCUGGCGCAAGUGGGCGUGUCCCCGGUCAUCGCCGACCUGCCCGUCGGAGAGAAUCUGCACGACCACACCAUGUACCUCGGACUGGUGCUCUCCUUGGACCCCCAACAGCCCUUCGACCCACUGGACGCGGCCUACGAGUACCUCAAAGACAAGACGGGGCCCUUCACUUCGGCUGGGAUCACGGGUGUCUCCAUGUUCUUCCACACCAAACAGAAGCUAGGGGUGGACGACGAGAAGGAAUGCGUCAACAUUCAAGUUCACAUGUUCCUUGUUCACCGAAAUAACACCAUGGAGUUCGACGCAUUUAUGCAAAACGUGGGUUUUGACGAUCACGUUCUGGAGCAAUUUAGAGCUAUUUGGCGGGAGAAAGACUUGUUAAUUAUUGCUCCGUUGUUGCUGUUGCCCAAGAGUCGAGGUCGAAUUGAACUGAAGAGUACAAAUCCAGAAGAUCAUCCGAAGAUAACGUCGGGUUAUUUUUAUGACUCGGAAGACAUAGAGACUCUCGUGGAUGGAAUUGAGACCGCCGUCCGCCUGGGCUCGACGCGGGCGCUGCGGGCGCUGGGCGCGCGCUGGGAGCCCAUCGUGCCCAGGGCGUGCGAGGGGCUGGCGUACGGCGCGCGCGACUUCUGGCGGUGCGCCGUCACGCAGCUGGCCGACACCGUCUACCACCCAGUGGGCACGGCCAAGAUGGGCCCGGCGGCCGACGCCGGCGCCGUGGUGGAUGCGCGUCUGCGCGUGCGCAGGGUCAAGGGGCUGCGCGUGGUCGACGCCUCCGUCAUGCCCGUCGUGCCCAGCGGCAACACCAACGCGCCCACCAUCAUGGUGGCCGAGAAGGCCGCCGACAUGAUUAAGGAGGACUGGGCGCUGGGGAACGAACUGUGAUAGGCGGGGAACAGGUGGACGCUGCUGAUGCUCAGGGCCUGCAGCAGCUGUUCGGGUAACGUUCCACCUGGAGCCAAGUCCGUUGGGCAGCUGGCCUUCUGUCUGGUUGCUACCGGACGGUAUUCGGUUUGUUGCCGUUAGAUAUAUCUGCUUGCGUCUGGUAUUGCAAUGUUCGGUACAGGUCUGUCACUUUUGUAAGAAUACUUAGUAGAUGCCUAAGCUUUCGACUGGUAUGACAGGUAUGCUUCUGUUCGGUAGAAUCAACUCCACUAAAUAUGUGGUUUUCUUUCUUGCAGCUACGAAGAUUACACACUCCUACCAGACGGAAGAAUAGUCGUGUCUAGUAGACGCAAAUGCUUCUGUUUAGUCCAUCUAGAUAGUCCAGCAAUGAUAAGCAAGACUAUGAUUCUUUCUGUUUGUCUCCCAUACUACCUUCGCCUUGU